AUAGAAUGUACCGUCACAGAUAAAUUAACAGUGAACCAAAAAAUUGCGAAAAUUAGUAUUCUUUGGUUUUCCUUGAUCGCAUGCGCUAAUGUAAGCAAAUUUCGUGCCCUCUCGCUGUAAAGCUCUUCUUGGGCCUUUACAUUCCGUAAAUGAGGAAAAAAUUUGUAGUUGAUUGUUCAGUAACAUGUCUUUCUCGAAAGCUCCUGUAAAAAGGUUCAACGAUAAAGAAGGUUCUGAUGCACCUACUUCAAGAAAUGUGUAUCAACAUACUUCACGUACAAAGCUUCCAACUGAGAGAGUGGCCAUUUCUUCAUCACAUGAUGAACAAAUGAACCACCAGCAAUUUAUAGCAAUAUGUCUUCCAAAGCAAGAGACCAAACGUACACAACGAGCUCUCAGCACUUCCUCCCGUGCUUCUUCUGCCAGAAGCCAACCCACAAAAAAGUCUCACACUACAGGAGCAUCAAACAGAAAGAAUUCAAAACUACAGCAAAGGUUACAGAAAGAAAAGUACAUUAAAAUGAAAAAGGAGCUAAAAGCUAAAGAGGCUGGAUUGCUUGAAUUAUUUGAUACAAUGGUCAAGUUAAGAGAAGAAUUGAUAAAUGAUGGAAUAAAAGACAUGGAAAUCAUAGAACAGUUAAAACUACUGGAUGCUGGAUGUCUUGGAGAAGGAGGAGAUCUGAAUUCAGUAUUUUCCAAAUGUUUUAGUGUUACACGAGUGGAAUCAAAAUGCCUUUCAUCACUGGAAGCAAAGCUUAAGUCAGUCUCAUUCACACCUUUUGAUUUCUGCCGAAAAGCUGUUGACAUAAAUAAUAAUCUUGUUUCUACGAUCAGCAGUAUUGAUCAAGAAAAACUAAAAGUAUUAGACAGUGAUAUUCUGAAAGCUAUUGAAAAUUUGAAGAAAGAAAGCCGCUCACUGUCAUUUUCACUGGAUAAAAUAAGAAAAUCCCAUGCUGAAACCAUGAAAGAAGUACUUGCAAAUAUAUGUACUUUAAUCCAAGAGAGGGAUUCGUUGAAAGAGAGCAGCACAGAAAACUACAAAGAACAGCUUACAAAACUUGAGGAUGAGAAAAAUGCCAUAAUUGACAGACUUAAGAAAGAAAUUCUCAAAGCCAAAAAUGCACAGGCUGAAACAGAGAAUGCUUUACAUGUAGCAUGCCUUAAAGUGAAAGAAAUGGAAUCUAAAGUUUCUUCACAGGAAAUAAGGAUAAAAUCAUUUUGUUCUAAAAUGAUGAAGUUUGAAAAUCUACUUCGUGCCAGAAACCGUGUACAUAGUUUGCGAUUAAAUAAUGUGAUUGGAACUUCAAGAAUGUUAAAGGAAGAAAAUGUAAUACUACAACAACACAGAGACAAUUUGAAUCAAAGGUGUGAAGAAUUGAAAGGCAUUGUGAAGAGAAAAGAAAAAGAAAAUCUAGAUGCUUUAUACAGACAAAAUUCUAAAAUUGAUCAAUUGAAUGCAGCUUUAAAUGCACAAAGGAAUGAAAAGCAAAAAUUACAAAGGGAGCUAAAUGCUGCCACUGAGUUGAAGAAUGAAAUGGAACAAAAGCUUCAAGCAAUGACAGAGGCGGCUAAUGAACUUGCAUUGAACCCACCUUCUGAUGCUGGAGAUUCUAAACCAACACAACAUGAGCAAGAACUGCAGGAAGAGCUGAGAAGCACUCGGGAGCUUCUGGAGUCUACUCAACAAGCACUGGAAGUACUUCAGCAGCAGAAUGCUGAUACUGAGCAAGCAUUGAAAGAUGCAAAGAAAAACACCAACGGUUCUGAUGAUAAAAUGGAACUUGAACUGAAGGAAAGUAGAAAUGUUAUUUCCAGCCUCAACAAAACCCUCAAAAAUGUAUCUACUGAAUCAGAAAAAAAGUCAAAAACAAUAAAUGAAUUGAAGCGAAAGCUCCAAGAUAUGGAACAAAUGUUUUUGAAGCCCACUGACUACAGCAAGGUCCAUGGAACAGAUGUUAAGUAUAAGAUGAUGCAAAUGGAAGCUAUGAUAUCACAGCUAAGAGAACACAAUUCUGAUCUCCAGAAAGAAAAGCUUGAACUUCAGUCAGAGCUAGACAAUAAAGAACGUAAGGAAGGUGAGCAAACAAAAAUUAUUGAGGCCAGAGAUGAUGUAAUACGAAAACUGAAGAUAAAAGAAAAGAAGCAGGCUGAAAAAAUUUCUGACUUAUCAUUUAUAAUUCAAGAGCAUGAAUCUGCUAUAUCUACAGUACAUCAAGACAUUUCAGCCAGCAGUGAAUCACAGGACUUAAAGAAGCUGCUUGAAGUUAGACAGCUACAAGUGUUACGUCUUGAAAAGCUAGUUCAGAAGCAAGAGGAGCAACUGAAUAAGUGGAGCCUUCAGAGAACAAGACAUGAGGCACGUAUUGCGGAACUAGAGAAGGCUUUACGGGAGAGGCAACGAAUAACAAAAUUCCCUUUUUCCUGCGCAAGUUCUACUCCAGUUAAAUGAGACAAAAAUAUAACGUUUUCUCCUCAAAAACUAUGACACAAACAAGAAAAAUUAUGUUAGGUGAUGUAAAUUAAAAUAACUGUGGCUGUUUACAUUCAUUGUUUUAUAAGGAAAUAUUUUCCUUCAUUUAAAAUAGUUGUCUAGCUGUGUAUGUAUUAGUGUUUGUGUCAAUAAAUUAUAGUUAUUUGUACACAAUAUGAUGUCUUCUUGUCACUGUAAUUCUGAAUACUGAAAAAUAAAAUCUAUGCCCAGCCACUUGAGUAUUCAG